CUAUUCUCUUUAGCACGUGUUCUUUCAACGUCAAAUCUCGCGAGAUUUGCGCACGGCGUGCGAAAACGGCAUCUCGCAUGCGCCCUCUUUUUCCCACGAAACCGUUCAAGAUGCCUGGAGGCGGUUGCACAGUCAAAGAUGUGGACCAAGGCGAGUUUGUCAAGGCCCUGGCCGCCUUCUUCAAGUCCAGCGGCAAGAUGAAGGUGCCAGACUGGGUGGAUCUGGUCAAGCUGGGCAAGCACAAGGAGCUGGCGCCGUCCGACCAGGACUGGUUCUACAUCAGAGCGGCUUCGACAGCCAGACAUCUGUAUUUCCGCGGAGGAGUGGGUGUCAGUGCCAUGAGGAAAAUCUACGGAGGUCGCAAGCGACGCGGCACCAGACCGAGUCAUUUCUGCAAAGGGUCGGGCUCCAUCGCCCGCAAGGUCCUGCAAUCUCUGGAAGGAGUCAGCAUCGUCAAGCGAGAAGGCAACAGUGGACGGCGCUUGACCAGCCAGGGAAUCCGAGACAUGGACAGAAUCGCUGCCCAGGUCCAUGCCAAGGCCAAGGGACCCCCCGUCGAAUAGAUCCGUCAGGGUCAUGACCUCAACCAACACCGCCCUCUGUCGGUAGUGAACAUCCCCAAUAGAGUUGAUGCAUCACUUGGAAACAAUUUUUUACUAAACUGUGGAUACUUCAGUCGUUUUAUCCAGUCACGAAAGUUACAUCAGCUGUGAGGCACAGUAUUUAUUCCCAGAAAAUGUUGGCAAUGAAGUAAACUCUAAAAGUUCCCUCAUUGUUUUAGCAAUUCCAAAUUUCGGUCAGAUUUCCCUAAGGCUGUCAAUAAAAAAAAAAGGUAAUUUUCGCUGAGUUCCGGAGAUUUAUGGAAGAACUGUUGCACUGUAAUAAAGUAGUGCCGAUGGCGUGAUAACAAAAUA